CUCCCAAGCUUUCAACUGCUUCGCUUCGCUUCGAACUCUGCUACUCUGAUUAUAUUUAUUAUCGAACGGUGUGGUGGGGAUGUUGGUCAACGCUCGGUGAUGGCCCGUGACAGCUGGAGCAGACGACGACGACGACGACGUGAAGACAUUCACUACAACCCUCGCACAUAGCGGCUGAGGAGCAACUACUCGCCCACGAUGGAGGAGGGAGUCUUCACUCUGGUGUUGCUAUGUGUUGUAAUGGCAUGCGCCUCCUUCCUCGCCGGUGCACUCCCACUCUCCUUCUCCCUCACAUCACGACAACUCCGCCUCAUGACCGCUCUUGGCACGGGAGUGCUGGUGGGAACGGCUCUGAUCGUCAUCAUCCCCGAAGGCAUCGAGACGCUCUACAGUGCGGAUGGCAGCACACACAGCCACAGCCACAGCCGCAUGAAACGAUCACUCACAACGGGCGGACCGGUCGUCUGGACGCCCGACAUUCGAAUCACCCACAAAUUCACCGACUGGCAGAGAUUCGGCCCGCCGGUCGCGGAUGCCACGGGGAACCGUCUCGACGUCCACGCCGUCAACCCCACACGCGAAGACGACGUCUCCGCUCCCGACUCGAUACCGAACAACGAAGGCACGACCCCCGAUCAGAACACCUACUCACCCCCCCGCAGCGACCCGCACGCCUGGGUGGGCAUCUCCCUCAUCACCGGCUUCAUCCUGAUGUACCUCAUCGACACUCUCCCCCGCCACAUCACCACCCACUCCCCCUCCCCACCCCGCCGCUUCUCCAUCAGCCUCAACUCCUUCAGCUUCAACCGCCCCCGCACCUCCACCUCCGACACCGCCUCCCUCUCCACCCCCACAACCGACACCUUCUCCUCCAGCGAUCCGCAUCCGCACCCGCACCCACACCACCACGCCAACACCCAAGCGUCUUCGACCACCGUCGGCCUAGUAAUCCACGCCGUGGCCGACGGAAUCGCCCUCGGAGCCUCGACCACCACCACCACCACCUCUAAUACCCAAAACCUAACCUUCAUCAUCUUCCUCGCCCUCAUGAUCCACAAAGCCCCCGCCGCCUUCGGCCUCACCGCCGUCCUGCUCAAACAAGGCCUUUCAAAGCGGAUGGCCCGCUUCCACCUCCUCAUCUUCUCCUGCGCCGCUCCCGCCGGCGCUGUACUCACCUGGACACUCAUCCGACUCGGCGGGUACUCCCCCGCCGUGUUAGGAGAAAGCGCGAGCGCGGAGUUCGCAACGGGCGUGUUGUUGCUGUUUAGCGCGGGCACGUUUUUGUAUGUUGCGGUGCACACGAUGCAAGAGAGCGGGUCGGGGCAUGAGCAUGUGCACGUUGCGGGGAAUGGGUACUUGGGGGUGCCGGGGACGGAGAUGGGGAUGGAUGGGAUGGAGGCUGGGAUGUAUGGACAACCGGUUCUGCCGGUGAAGCGAGAAGGGCCGGAGUUGGUGGAGACGCUUGUUACGGUGGGAGGGAUGUUGUUACCGCUUCUGACGCAGUGGGGGCAUGCGCAUUAACAUUACCAUUACAAUUUGCACUUUGGCCAGUCUUCUGCAGUGCGUUCAAGCGGUUACAUUUGAAUCCCACACCAAUAUGCACGUCCACCUUUCCAUACUCCCCCAGUACCUCUAACACCCCUCAAGUAGCAUCGCCGUGCCCAUUACAGCGUCACGACCAACUUCCCCGCACUAACCCUCCCCUCCUUCAACCUCUCACAAGCCGUCUGCACAAACUCCAAACCCCUGCCCACCACCAC